UCUCCAUUAAAUAGAUGACGAGAGUCAAAUGGAUGCUCCGUAACACAUUGUACAAUAUUUCUCCCAUUGAGAAUAUUAUCGAAAGACAUGUUGGGAUAUUACACGUAAAAGGCCACGUACGGCAGUUCAUAUGUUGCUGUUAUGGAACAAGAGAGAUCUGAGUCGCAAACUUUUCAAGCAAAGAUGCUUCAUGACUUGCCUGAAAGCCUGUCUGUAGAUAGACAACAGCAGAAUAUAACAGCGGCGCAAGAAAAGCAACUUAAUCGGGAUCGCCUCUGCACAGUAGGUAUUUGUGCUAUGGAAAAGAAAGUCAAGUCUGCAGCCAUGCAAGAGAUGAUUCACUCCAUCUUGGUAUAUAGCAAUAACUUGUUGAGAAUUAUAGUUUUUCCUCUAGAAAGUAUCUUCAACUCGAGUGUUGAAGAAUGGCCUGUUGUUGAUGUUCUCAUUAGUUUCUAUUCAGUGGGUUUUCCACUGGAUAAAGUUCUUCAGUAUGUGGAACUUCGUCAACCGCAGUGCGUAAAUGAUAUUGCCUUUCAGAAAAUUCUCCUUGACCGAAGACUUGUAUUUUGUGUGUUGAAAAACGUUGGCGUCUCUUUACCACCCCACGUUUUUGUCAAUAGAGAUUCAGCCUCUAGAAAACAGGAAUUAUGUGCUUGCCUAGCACAAGUUACUUGGAAGAAAUCUACGUUAGAGAAGAGUGUACAAAGCUUGCAGAAUGCACAAAAUUUUUAUCAAGCUGGUGAAACCAUUUUUGUAGGUUCGCAUACUUUGCAUAUGCCAUUUGUUGAGAAGCCAGCUUGUGCUGAUCGCCACGAUAUAUAUAUAUAUUAUCCAUUAUCUAUGGGAGGUGGUGUUCGACGCCUAUUUCGCAAAACCGCUGAUCGAAGCAGCGAAUAUUACAUUCCACGAGAAGAUGAAAAAUGCGGAGACGUAGCUCAUGUCAGACUUGAUGGCUCUUAUGUAUAUGAAUCUUUUUUAGAAGCAGAUAUUCAACAAGAUGUGAAGGUUUACUGUGUGGGUCCUCAUUAUGCUUAUGGCGAAUUACGCAAGUCACCAGUAGUUGAUGGUGUUGUGGAACGUCUCUCAGAUGGAAGAGAAAGAAGGAUUGCAACUAUUCUUUCUACAGAUGAGAGCAACGCAGCAACUGCAAUAGUAUCCGGUUUUCGACAGUUUGUUUGCGGUUUUGAUAUCAUUCGUUGCAAGAACCGCUUCUUUGUUAUUGAUGUGAAUGGUUGGAGUUUCGUAAAGGGCAAUGAAGAAUAUUACAGGCAGGCUGGAAGAUAUUUAGCUACUCAUAUUUUGUUUUUAUGGUCAAAGCCUAAUUGUUGAUAUAUACUUUUAUUAUAUAAAUGAAAUACGAAUUAU